UUUUGCCGAUUUCUAGUUUUAGAAUGUGUGUGUUUACGGUAUAUCGAGGGCCUUUUCUACACGUGGGCGGGCCCAACACUGGUGGCAGCUAACCCAUGUCGUCCCGUGAACCACUUGUAUACUUCUUCCCAGAUAAAACAUCACCAUGACCAGGUGAAGUGUGGUGCUGACAGGCGUGAUGCGCAUGUGUACAGUGUUGUGGGUGUAGCUCAUCAUCGUCUCACUCAUGAUCUUGGCCUUAUAAAUCAAGCUGUUUUGGUUUCCGGGGAGAGUGGUGCAGGAAAGACUGAAUCUGCUCGUUACAUGUUGGGAUACUUGACACAUGUUGAAACAAAGUUUCCUCAAGUUCCACGCUCACCAUUAAAGGGUGUGUGGGAGGACAAGGAGCCUAGGGACAUCCAGGAUAAGAUCUUGGCUUCUAAUCCUAUUCUUGAAGCGUUUGGUAAUGCUGCCACUCUUCGCAACCAUAAUUCCAGCAGAUUUGGAAAACUGAUCCGUCUACAGUAUGGAGGGCGUCAACUGCGAGGGGCUGAGAUUGACACUUACCUAUUGGAGAAAACCAGGGUUACUCACCAGCCAGAGAGCGAGCGAAAUUUUCAUAUAUUUUACCAGGUUUUAUCAGGUGUGAGAUCAGGGUUACUAAAAGACUUGAUGCUUGAUGAGGAAGAGAGAUUUGCCAUCCUGCCAGGUGAUAUGACAGCAGCAGACCUCACAAAUCUUGAAGAGACUUUGUGUGCAUUCCAGCAACUGAAUUUCUCAAGUAGCCACCAAAAGGAAAUAUUUCAGGUUAUAGCAGCUAUACUGUUCUUGGGGAACAUCAGCUUUACUCUAGAGGAAGGAGACACUAAUUGGACUGUAAAUAUGCAAAGUAGAGACUGUGUGAAGAGUUUACAAGCAGCUUGUUUGUUGUUGGGGUUGGAUGUAGACCAACUGGUUAAUACCUUAACCAUCCAUACCAUCAGUGUCAGUAGUGCCCAAAAG